UUUUCUCUGCUAUUUGCAAUGUCUUCAAAUUUGCCAAACGAAAAAAUAACAAUAUUUCAAAAUUAAUUUUCACUUUCAUCGGCCCUCCCCGGUUCAUACAGUUACUUAAAACGCAUAUCAAAUGGUACAACAACCCUCGAGAAACCCGAAAGCGAAAUCAACAAAAUCCAAAAGUCGAACACAGGAGCACAUUGUUCAUUUCGACACUGUAUUAGCUGGCGCAAAGAGGAAAUUUAUGGAAAAAAUGAGUGCAAACGUGAUGGACGUAGGCGAUGUGAAGUCGUUUGAAUUCCUAGAGACAAUAGGAAGUGGUGCUUUCGGUGUGGUUAUGGUAGCAAGAAAUAUUUACAAUAAGCAGCUCUACGCACUGAAAUUGAUUGAAAAGAAAGUCACAGUUCUGCAGUCUCAAGUAGCACAUGUGAAGAACGAAGUGAAGAUUCUCUCAUGUACGGAUUUUGAGUUCUUAAUUCACAUGGAAUUUUUUUUCAAAGACAAUGUGUAUUUGUACAUCGGCAUGCCAUUCGUCAAUGGCGGCGAAAUGACGACCCAUUUGAGUCGAUUGAAAAGGUUCGAAGAAAAACUGAGCCGGUUUUAUGGCGCCCAAGUCAUACUGGCAUUGCAAUAUCUUCAUCAUAUGGGCAUUAUAUAUCGCGAUUUAAAACCGGAAAACGUGUGCGUCAACGCCGAUGGUUACAUUCGGAUUUGUGAUUUUGGAUUUUCAAAAAAGAUCGACGAUGGCCGAACGUAUUCGUUUUGUGGCACACCUGAUUAUCUCGCACCUGAAAUCAUAUUACACAUAGGUUAUUCGUUCUCGGUGGACUUUUGGACAUUGGGCGUUUUUCUGUAUGAAAUGAAUGCCGGCUAUGCACCGUUCACCGAAAAUGCAGAGAAUGCUGCCGUACAAUACGACAAAAUUGUGAAAGGAAAAUUCCAGUGUCCGUCAACAUUUACGAGAGAACUAACCGAUCUUGUCAAUAAACUCAUUGUUGUUGACAGAACGUCCAGAUAUGGAUGCUUGAAAAAUGGUUAUAGUGAUAUAAAGCUACACGAUUGGUUCGAUGACAUUGACUGGAACGGUAUACAUGGCAAAAAGGUCAAGCCAAUGUUAUUGCCGAAAAUUGAUUCCGAAAACAUGGGUGCAAAUUUCUUCCAGCAGUCCAAUUUAGAGCUGCGAAAAAAUAGCGUUGAUGAAUAUUCGUAUCUGUUCUCUGACUUUAAUUAAAUGUUUUCGAAUG